GGGCGGGCAGGUGGGCGGGCCUAAGCCUCUUCUCACCCCCGGGGAGCUUCUUCCCGCGUGGGCACCGAGAACAGCGCAGCAUCAUCCGAGAACCUUCAUGGGACUCAGGCGCGGGUUUUCCUUAGUCAUUCGAACAACUACCUCCAACGAGGACUCCACCCGCAGAUUUACCCCCGCCUUCUUCAGUUCCGCCUAUUCCGUUCUCGGACGUAGACUAGCCAGCGACUCCCGCAAAGCACGCCGGGUGUUGUAGUUCCGGAAGCCGAGCCGGGGUCCGCGGCGGCAUGUGGCCCAGAGUGCUGCUGGGGGAGGCCCGAGUGGCUGUGGACGGAUUCCGCGCUCUCUUGUCUCGCCUCGCCGGGCGUUUGUCCCCGCCAUGGACUGCUGGGAGCGGCUCACCCCAGCAGAGGAGCCUGCAUGGAACUGCGACGCGAGCUUUCCCGCUCAUCCCCAUUGUGGUGGAGCAGACGGGUCGAGGUGAGCGCGCUUAUGACAUAUACUCGAGGCUGUUGCGGGAACGCAUCGUGUGCGUCAUGGGCCCGAUUGAUGACAGUGUGGCCAGUCUGGUCAUCGCCCAGCUGUUGUUCUUACAGUCGGAAAGCAACAAAAAACCUAUUCAUAUGUACAUCAACAGCCCAGGUGGUGUGGUAACUGCAGGCCUGGCCAUCUAUGACACAAUGCAAUACAUUCUGAACCCCAUCUGCACGUGGUGUGUUGGACAGGCUGCCAGCAUGGGCUCCCUGCUCCUCGCUGCUGGCAGCCCAGGCAUGCGCCAUUCACUGCCCAAUUCCAGAAUCAUGAUCCACCAGCCCUCUGGAGGAGCCAGGGGCCAAGCCACAGACAUCGCCAUCCAGGCAGAGGAAAUCAUGAAGCUGAAAAAGCAGCUAUACAACAUCUAUGCCAAACACACCAAGCAGAGCCUGCAGGUGAUCGAGUCAGCCAUGGAGAGGGACCGCUACAUGAGCCCCAUGGAGGCCCAAGAGUUUGGCAUCUUGGACAAGGUCUUGGUCCACCCACCUCAGGACGGGGAGGAUGAACCAGAACUGGUACAGAAGGAGACUGCCACAGCACCGACGGAUCCUCCUGCCCCCGCAGGCACCUAAGGGCCUGAGUCUCCAGGAGUGUGGAGACCAGACUGAAACUUCCUCUGCUGGGCCCAAGAACGACUCCUGGAGAUGUGGGUUGAGGUUGCCCUCAAAGCAGGGCAGACUGCCUGAGACACUGAUUUUAAAUUAAAUCUUUAUAGUCUUUGUCCCA